AUGAAUAACCAAUUGAUUUUGAUAACCGGGGUCUCCGGAUUUAUUGCCACUCACAUUGUUGAUUCUUUCAUUCGGGCUGGUUAUUUAGUUCGUGGAACAGUACGAUCCCCAUCCACAGCGGAAAAAGUCAGCCAGACCUUCCCAGAGUAUGUCCAAGACGGGAGGUUGACUUUUGCGAUUGUGCAAGACAUAACUUCAUCCCAUACUUUUGAUGAAGCCGUCACAGGAGUGACUGGGGUGAUUCACACCGCUGCGCCAUUCCAGUUUCAAACCGAGGACAAUGAACGUGACCUUCUGAAACCUUCAAUUGAAGGAACCAAAAAUCUCUUGAAUUCGAUUCAAAUGUACGCGCCUGGCGUGCAGAGGGUAGUUCUCACUUCGUCUUUUGCAUCUAUAAUUGAUCUGUACAAGGGCAACAGAGCGGGAUAUCUGUAUAAAGAGACGGACUGGAACCCAGUCACUUACGAAGAAGCCGCAUUUCCUGGAACAUCACCCGUUGUUGCUUAUUGUGCUUCAAAGACACUUGCGGAGCGUGAAGCUUGGAAUUUUGUUGAAAGAGAAUGUCCAUCAUGGGAUUUGACUACAAUCUGUGCUCCCUUGGUGUACGGCCCGAACAAAAACCUGACGGCUAAUCUGGCACAUUUGAAUACGUCUUCCGCAGACUUAUACCGACUGAUGUCUCCGACUUCCAAAUCAAGUGACCCUGUACCAACGAAUGUCUUUUGGGUUUGGGCUGAUGUGCGUGAUGUGGCGAAUGCUCAUUUACGAGCGUUUGAGCUGCCGGAAGCGGGAGGUCAAAGAUUUCUUGUAUCCGAGGGGAGAUAUAGCUACCAAAUGAUGGCAGAUGUCUUGCGAGAGAGAAUUCUGGAUAUCAAAGAACGAGUACCACUUGGACUGCCUGGAUCUGGUUUAGGCGGCGCUCAGGUCUAUGGAAUUGAUAACUCCAAGUCUAAGCAGGUCCUCGGGAUGAGCUACCGUACAUUUGAAGAGUCGGUGGUUGACGCUGGUAGGGCUUUCUUGGCGUUAGAAGCGCAGGAGGCUGCCUUGACGAGAAUUUGA